AAGCUAAAAAUUGUGGAUCCUAAACUUAAAACUAUGCAAUAAACAAUCCACAAUUAUAGUGCACCUAAUGAUAAUCCUAUUAUUUCUCUCCACCACUUCCAUCCUAUAAUUUUUAAGUCUUCCACUUUCCUUUCUCCAUUACUACUACCAUUCUCCCUCUCUCUCUCUCUCACACACACGUCUCUCUUACUUUUUUUUCUUUGUAUAAAGCUUAUAAUUUCUAUCUACAAACCUCCCUUUUCAUCUUUUCUUCUCUCUCUAUAUAUAUAUUCUAAAUAUAUAUAUAGAGAGAGAGUUCACAAAAAAAAAAAGAAAAUCAAGAAAAACCAAGAAGAAGAGACAUAAGAUCCAACAUUGUUGCAAAAAAACAACCACCACAUUUACAACAAUGUUGCCAUUUGAAAGCAUUGAAGAGGCUUCAAUGUCUCUAGGGAGGAAUUUGACAUUUGGAGAAACAUUAUGGUUCAAAUAUACAGGUGAUAAAUCAGAUUUCUAUCUCUAUUGUCACAACACAAUAUUCUUGAUCAUUUUCUACACAUUGGUCCCUUUACCAAUGGUUUUUAUUGAGCUAAUGAGGUCCAACAAGUUUGAAAUGUACAAGAUUCAACCCAAGACAAGAUUUUCUUUAUCUGAAAUGAUGGAAUGUUAUAGAAAAGUGAUCAUCACUUUUGUAUUUGCUGUUGGUCCUCUUCAACUUCUCUCUUAUCCCAUCAUUGAGUGGGUUGGUAUAAGGACAAGUUUGCCCCUGCCAUCAGCAUCAGAAGUGUUUUGGCAAUUACUUGUGUAUUUCUUAGUAGAAGAUUAUGCAAAUUAUUGGCUUCACAGAAUGCUCCAUCACUAUAAAUGGGGUUAUGACAAAAUCCACAGAGUCCAUCAUGAAUAUGUGGCCCCAAUUAGUUUUGCAGCACCUUAUGCCCAUUGGGCUGAGAUUAUUAUCUUGGGCUUGGCUUCUUUUCUUGGCCCACUUAUUGUUCCUUGUCACAUGUUCACUUUUUGGCUUUGGUUUGUCUUGAGACAAAUUGAAGCCAUUGAGACACAUAGCGGGUAUGAAUUUCCAUGGAGUCCUUCAAAAUAUAUACCAUUUUAUGGAGGAGCAAUAUACCAUGAUUAUCACCAUUUUGUUGGGGAAAGUUGUCAUAGCAACUUUGCUUCAGUCUUCACUUACUGUGAUUACCUCUAUGGAACGGACAAGGGGUACCGAUACCAGAAAGAAAUUUUCGAAAAGAGAAGAGAGAAAUUGAGAAUGGAAGACAAAGUUGAUGGAUCUGCAACUCCCUUCAAAUCUGAAUAAAUGCAAUAAAACUUUUUUUUGAAAUCCCUUUUUGUUGUUGUUAUAUUAAAUGUGUAAUCCUGUUCUCUUUGUGUUAUGAGACAAGUUGAUUUAGUAAAAUGUUGGAUUAAGUGGUGAAUGUACGUGCUGUUGCUCUAUCAAGCACUAUAUAUAAUGGAGUGCUUGCAUAGUUUGUGUUUUUUUUCUUAAUGUAAUCUAAACUGUAACACUUGUAGUUUAAUGGCUAGUUCUAUUCUAUAAUAAUCUUCUAUAUGCA